CGCCUGUUGGAGCCGGAGGUGGGUGAUGCCCAGCACAGCCAUGAAGAAAAAGGUGCUGUUGAUGGGGAAAAGUGGGUCUGGUAAGACCAGCAUGAGAUCCAUUAUCUUUGCAAACUACAUCGCCAGGGAUACGCGGCGUCUUGGUGCUACAAUUGAUGUCGAGCACUCCCAUGUUCGAUUUCUAGGAAACUUGGUGUUAAAUCUGUGGGACUGUGGUGGACAGGACACCUUUAUGGAGAACUACUUCACCAGCCAGCGGGAUAACAUUUUCCGCAAUGUGGAAGUCCUGAUCUAUGUCUUCGAUGUGGAGAGCCGCGAGUUGGAGAAGGACAUGCAUUACUACCAGUCAUGCCUGGAGGCCAUUCUCCAGAACUCUCCCGAUGCCAAGAUCUUCUGCCUGGUGCACAAGAUGGAUCUGGUACAAGAGGAUCAGCGUGAUCUGAUUUUUAAAGAGAGGGAGGAGGACCUAAGGCGUCUGUCCCGUCCCCUGGAGUGUGCCUGCUUUAGAACAUCUAUCUGGGAUGAAACCCUUUACAAGGCUUGGUCCAGUAUAGUGUAUCAGCUGAUUCCUAAUGUCCAGCAGCUGGAAAUGAACCUGAGGAACUUUGCUCAGAUUAUUGAGGCAGAUGAAGUUCUUCUAUUUGAAAGAGCCACUUUUCUGGUCAUUUCCCACUAUCAAUGUAAAGAGCAGCGUGAUAUCCACAGAUUUGAGAAAAUUAGCAACAUUAUCAAACAGUUCAAACUGAGCUGCAGUAAGCUGGCUGCUUCUUUCCAGAGCAUGGAGGUCAGGAACUCUAACUUUGCUGCUUUCAUUGAUAUCUUUACGUCGAAUACAUACGUGAUGGUGGUCAUGUCAGAUCCUUCCAUACCUUCUGCAGCUACACUGAUCAACAUCCGCAAUGCCAGAAAGCACUUUGAGAAGCUGGAGAGAGUGGAUGGACCAAAGCACAGUCUGCUUAUGCGUUGAACAUUGGCCAAGUCGUAUGAUCCUUGUGGGGAAAAAGUUGGAACUACAUUUUCUAGGAGAAUCUAACAAUGUGGGUGUCUUUGUGGGCUUUGAAAUGAGUGUGCUGCUUACCACUGCAAUCUUCGUUUUUUUUUCUCCUUUUAACGUUGGACACUAGUCGCUCAGAUGACGUCUGGAUAUACUGUGGACCUUCAAAAGAGACUUCCUGGCAUAUUAGGGAUUGGGAAGGUGUGAGGGCAGGUGAUGUGCACGUGGUCUGAUAAAGCUGGUUGCCAUAGUCUCACACAACGAAGCCUUUUGGUGUUUUGCUGUAUUCCAGAUGACCACAUAAAUCACAAGGAUGGAAUACUUACUAUUUUAUCAGCAAGUUGCUAGAAUACAUUUAUAAAUUUCUCCUUGUCUUCAGUCGUGAAAAUAAAUUUUUGCUACCAGGGAUUUCAGUUCCCAGAGCUCUGGAAGUGGUUUUCUUGUUCUGCAUUGAGGCAGCUUUGCCAUUGGGAUAGGCAAAGAGAUUUAGUAGCUGCAUUUCUCUCUUCUUAAUGUUUGGGUCUUUUUUUUUUUAAUCAGACACUUCCAGAUCCUCAUUUGAGAGGGAUUUUUUUUAAUUGUGUCAGAAUUCACUUGAUCAAAGGGCAUUUUAGCCAUAAAGCCAUUUUCAGUCAUUUUAAUGUUUUUGCUGUGAUUGAAACUUGCCAUAGUGUGGGGAAAAGAUCAUCCUUCUUAAAGGCAAAGAGUAGAAAGCACUGCUUCCUCUUAAUGGUCCUUGCACUCCAGGUCUUCAUCCAUAUGAGGUGCUGCAGAGGGAAAGGAGAAACAAUGUCUGUUCCAUUGACUGGAUCAUGUGUGCAUGAGCUAAGUUAGCUGAAAAAAGCCAGUCUGACAGUAUUGCACACCAUUGUGACGCUACAUUACUGUCUAAUUUAUUUUUACUGGACUUGUCUCGCUUCUCCAUUAAACAUGGGAAAAAUGAA